AUGCGGGUGCACAACCUUCUCUUCAGCGCGAUCGUCACCCUCAGAUCCAUCGAGACAUCGUCCGAGAUCACCCCGAUGAACAUGAGGGAUGGAGCCCCGAUGACCAGAAAAGUGGACAGGCUGCUGCGAAGGCGCAUGCGGUCUGGCGUAGCAGAGUACCUCACUCGGUGGGUUGGGUACGACGAUGAGUCGUGGGAGCCGGCAAAAGCUCUUCCAGAACGGAUGAUCGCGGCCUUUGAGCUGCAGUAUGCUGCCGAUCAUGGCCAUGCAAGCAUCCCACGGCUGCUAGGCGAAGGACGGCGAGAGCUCGAGCUCCUCGAGCCGUCGCCCUCGCCGAAGUCACCGUCUCCUAAGCCGCCACCCUCGACACGGACUGCGCGGACUGCGGCGAUCGCUUUCGGGCGGCGGCAGAUUUCGCGCAUGUCGUCGACAAUGAGGCGGCGCGAGUCGGCGGUGCGGCCGGUAAACAGGGAAGCCUUCUGA